GAUUUUCUAAAAGUACGAAUUUGAACGGAAUUUAAGCCUCUUUUAAACGUUUGCGUCCAAUGUGUUAGAAGGUGUUACGCCACUGGUUUGUGACCCGUUCAAAGUUCAAAAAAAGAUUCACUUGUGAUUGGGAUGGUGUGAUGUGUAACCCGCGUCAGCAUACCUCCAAAAAAUCGUUUCAUUUCUGUUUAUUUUGCAUAAAACGGCUCUUUUUGUCUUUGUUCAGUAAAUAAACAAUCCGCCGCCACUGGUAACAAACGUCAAAAUCAUCUGUGGUCAUUAAUUGUCAAUUGUAUCCAAAAUAUCAGUGUUUUUCAAUAAGAAAAUAUCAUGGUCGAUUUAACUCGUCCCAGCGAACCGACCUGAGUGAGUGAAUUUAAUUAUUAUCUUCCCAGUCACGCCAAAAUUAACCGUGAAAGCAAAAAUUCGACGAUGUCAGCCUCAUAUAACCUCAAAAUCUGUAGUUUUUUCGUAAUUUUGGCGGUAGCCAGAGGCGGUUUAAACCCCGUUGUGUUAAUCCCAGGCGAUGGGGGCUCUCAAGUCGAAGCCAAACUCAACAAAUCAGCCUCAGUGCAUUACAUUUGUGAAAAGACAACGUCGGAUUUUUUCAACAUAUGGCUCAACAUGGAGCUGCUGGUGCCCCUAGUCAUCGACUGCUGGAUUGACAAUAUUAAACUGAUCUAUGAUAACGCCACUCGAACAACGCGCAAUAACGACGGGGUCGAGAUCAGGAUCCCCGGCUUUGGGGGCACCGAGACUGUGGAGUGGCUGGACCCCAGCCAUGCCUCUGCAGGUGCGUAUUUCAACAGCAUUGCCAAGACCUUGGUCAGUCUCGGCCACGAGCGCAACAAAACCAUGAAAGGGGCACCUUACGACUUCCGCAAAGCGCCCAACGAAAACCAACAGUUUUUUACCGAUCUCAAGGCCCUAAUUGAACAAACGUACACGGAAAAUAACAAUCAGCCGGUCAUUAUCAUUGCACAUUCGAUGGGGGGCCCCAUGUCUUUGUUUUUCCUGAACCAGCAAACGCAAGACUGGAAAGACAAGUACAUCAGGUCUUUGGUUACGCUAAGUGGGGCCUGGGGGGGCUCCAUGAAAGCGGUCAAAGUCUACGCGAUUGGGGACGAUUUGGGGUCGUACGUUUUGCGGGAGAGCGUCAUGCGGGAGGAGCAGAUCACCUCCCCCAGCCUGGCGUGGCUCCUCCCCUCCAAGCUCUUCUGGAAGCCGGACGAAGUCUUGGUGCAAACCAGUCGGAAAAAUUUCAGUUUGAAUAACCUGGAGGAGUUUUUCCAAGCGAUUAAUUUCCCCAACGGGUGGGAAAUGCGCAAAGACACUGAGAAGUAUCAGCUGGAUUACCGGCCGCCAGGGGUUGAGGUGCACUGCUUGUACGGGGUCGGGGUUGAUACGGUUGAACGGUUGUUUUACAAGCCAGGGACGUGGUUGGAUGGGUACCCCACUUUGAUCAAUGGGGACGGGGACGGGACUGUGAACCGGAGGUCGCUUGAAGGGUGUCUCCACUGGGAGAGCCUCCAGAAACAAAAAGUCUACUCGAAGCAGCUUCCCAAAGUCGAUCAUAUGCAAAUUCUCAACAAUAAGGACGUUCUGAGCUACAUUGCCAAUCUCAUUAACGACGUGUGAUUUAGAAAUUACCGAAAUUUUAACGCUGUUACUUCCCUUCUCUUCCUGAUUUUGAGUGUUUUAUUUAUGUUUUGUAUUUUGUGAUAUGUAUAUUGGAAAUAACAAUAAAAAAGAUUGAGAGUU